GGAAAUCCGUAUUUGGUUUUGCGACUAUACGAGAUUUCGAUCAUCUCUUUCGCAUGGGGAUCCUAUAGGUGACAAUGCUUUACUAGGUAGGAAACAGAGCACCGACAUGUAUAUAAGCUUCACCGCAUUUACUCCCUUUUCUUGAUUUACUCUUUUGUUUUGCUAGUUGCUAACGAAUAAUUCACGAAUCGAUAUACUUGAACGUCUCUUCUUCUCGAUAUUCACUCCAUCUACCUACUAUCCUCCACCUCUUCGAUCUUCGAUAAUAUUACAAUCAAAAUCUUCAUCAUGCGUGUCCAAGUUCUCCCAGUUAUCGCUCUCCUUUCUCUCGGUGCCUCGGCCCAAGAUCUUGGCAGUCUCGUCAACUCAAUAACCUCAGAUGUCGGCGGAGCAGUCGACACUGCUACAUCUGCCAUUGGUGGAGCUGUUGACACAGUCACUUCUGGUGCUGGAGGAGUCGUUUCAACCAUUACCUCAGGAGCAGGAGGCGUUUUCUCAACUGUAACUUCAGGGGCUGGAGGUGUUUUCUCAACUGUAACUUCAGGGGCUGGAGGAGUCGUUUCUACUAUUACCUCCGGAGCUGGUGGCGCAUUCAGCACAGCAACUUCUGGGGCUGCUGGAGCAUUCUCUACCGCUACCUCUGAUGCCGCUGGAGCAUUUUCAACGGCCACCUCUGCUGCCGCCUCCCGAUUCUCAAGCAUCAAGAGUGAAGCUAGCAGCGAAAUUUCUAGCUUGAGCUCCGUCGCUGCGACCGCCACCGACAGUGCCGUUAAGAGUUCGAUCAGUGCGGCAAUGAGCAGUAUCAGCAGCGACGUGGCUAGCGCUAGUUCCGACGUGAAGAGUGCAACUAGCAGAGCUAGCAGUGCGUUGGGUUCCGCUACUAGCAGUGCCGCUAGCGCUACUUCUAGCUCAGGAGCUAUGAGAACACAAGUGCCAAUGGCUGGAGGAGCUAUCUUGGGUGCGGCUUUGUACUUGUUGUAGAUUGAUUGAUGGCGGAUAUAAUGAGCGAGAGGAAUUCAAUGUGUUAUGUUCGGAAAUGCUAAGCGUGUUUUGAUGGGGCGUUGAUUGAUUGUAUAACAUUACUUUUCACGAAUAAAAUAUAUAUCUUUGGGGCGUCACGCCUUUACUUUAUUAUUCUAUGAACUUUCUCCCGAAUGAGUGCAGUGUAUGUGUGUUCUAAAAUUUAUAUUCUCAGGCUUGUUUUCAAAGGGGGCUGGGGUCAAAUUUCCAAUUGCACCGAUGGGAGUUUGUGUAACUAUCAAGAAUUAUCUCCUAACUAUACA